AGUAGUUUUUCGCAAUAUACAAUAUGGCGACUGCAUGGAACUUGUGUUCUUCACAUUUUUAUAGUCAAGUAUUCAAUUCAAUGCUGAAAAGGACAUCUGUUCCUAUGAGAACAGCAGUUAAAUCAGCAGCACGCCGUCGAAUGCCCACGAAGCCAGUAGAAAAUCCAUUUGUGAAGAAAAAGACGAAUUUUAUCAAAGAAUUAUGUGUUGCUUUGGUGAAAUUUGAUCGUAUUCAGACCACACUUCAUAAAGCGUUGCAACUGAAAGCUUAUGGCGAACUAUUGAUAAUGAUGACUCGACGGAGAGGCCCUCCCCCAGAUCUACACUAUCUUGAGGAUGGAUUCAUUCUAACUGAUCGAGAAGCCAAGGAAAAGUGCACCUCGAAAAUGGUUGUAAAUCGUAGAAAUAAGAAAAUAGUGACACAACCUGACGAGCUCACAGAAGAACAAUAUGUUGAGCAGUUGCAGCUUCAAACAAGAAGUAUUUUGCUUGAAGAUGAAGAUGCUCUUCAAAAGUUGUAUGAAAAAUUAGUUCCAAGAUACAAACAUCGAUAUGGUGGAUUUGUCUUGAUUACACCAAUACCACAUUCGAGAAAACGUCAAUAUCCACGAAUGGCAUAUGUUGAAUUUGUCGACAAUGAUCUGCCACCUAUACCUACACUACCGGAAGUAAUCGAUGGGCAUUUGGUCACAUAUCCUCGCAAGACUAUCAAUGCAGAAUGUUGAAUUUAAACGGCCAUUUUUUCCGUGAAAUUGUGAAUGCACAUGAACUGCAAUAGUCUGUUGAAUUAUCAGUGAUGACGGAUUUUCGUGAGUACUCGCACACAACUAUUAAAAACAGCAAAUGAGCACAAAGAACCAAUUCUUACAAGUAGCAAUUAUCAGCUGUCGGCGUCUGUAAAUGAUGGGGGAAAUUGAAAGUUUGCAGUUUCUCGGGAUGUUGUCUACAGAAUGUCGGCUGGUUUUCAAUUGAUGUCGCUUCACAAUGUGGCACGACUUUCCACAUUUAACUAGCAACUUAAUAAAAGAUGACACAACUGGGACUGCCUACUAAUAUGUUUCUUAGUUCUUAUCUUCAUUUCUGUAUCGUUUGACAAUAAAUGAAACCUUGCUAAAUAA